AUGGUCUAUCAAGGCAAGCCCUCGAGGGGCUGUCAGAUGUGCCGUACUCGCCGCAUCAAGUGUGAUGAGACAAAGCCCACAUGCAAGCAGUGUGCCAAGUCUCGCCGGCAAUGCCCCGGAUACAGAGAUGAGUUCGACCUGGUGUUUCGUAACGAGACCCAGGCGACGGAGAAGAGAGCGCAGCGGGCAUCAAAAAAAGCUUUGGCGCAAAGGAUGACCAAAUUCGCCCCCGGGUCUACGCCAGAGCCAUCAUCUCCCAACGGUGAACAUUCGUCUGCAAAUCCCACCUUUAUGGAUUUGGACGGCCAGGUCACUUGCCAUUUCCUCUCCAACUAUGUCCUCAUUCCCCGGCAGGGCAACGGACGCGGGUUCCUCGAGUACGUAGUGCCAUUGCUGAGGGCAGAAGAGGUGGCCCCUCACUUCAAGGCCGCUUUUGAUGCUUGUGCCAUGGCUAGUUUUGCCAAUACCCGCGGAGAUGAGCUUCUGGUGGAACGCGCCCUGCGCAUCCACUCAAAGGCAUUGGGGGCUAUAAACAUAGCCUUGAAUAACCCAGACACCAUCAAGCAGGAUUCCACACUGGCGGCAAUCCUCUUGCUGGGGCUUUUUGAAAACAUCACAACUAGAAACCUGGGCAUGCUAGCUUGGGGACCUCAUAUCCGUGCGGCGAUCCAGCUUGUUAGGAAACGGGGCCGCAAGCAACUCCGGACCAAAAUCGGAGUCUCCUUGUUCAUAGCAGUGCGAACCCAAAUGAUUGUCCACACGCUCAGUACUGCGAAGCCACCCCUAAUGCAGGCAGAGUGGUGGAUCAAUUCAGAUGCUGUCCGGGAUACGUAUGCUUCUCAGUGUCAGAGGCUCGGCAUUCGCACCGGAGAGAUUAGGGCAGAGGUAAACCGGCUCAUGAGCCAGCUCCCUCGAAACAUGGAGAGCGUUGAAGCUAUGAAAGACAUGAUCAGACAAGCUCGGGAGGUGGACUUUGAAUGCGUCCGGUGGGCGGAGACGGUCCCGGACGAUUUUCGAUACCGGACGAUCCUCUGGCAAGACGAAAUUCCCGAUGCCGACUACAGUCAGCUGGAAGUAUUCCCAGGCCGCGUCGAUGCCUAUCCAGAUUUGUGGGUGGCCAGUCUAUGGGGCAUGAUGCGAGUAUCACGAAUCAUCUUGGCGUCAAUCGUGAUCCGGUGCGCUGCCUGGGUCUGUUCACCUGUUGACUACCGCACGGCGCCAGAGUAUGCCACAGCAAGAAGAAUAUGCGUGGAGAAUAUUACCGAUAUCAUAGCUUCGGUACCCUAUCAGCUCGGGUGGUUUAGCACGCGCAAGCACCUAUUUCAGCAAGACAGCCUUUCUGGGUUUGCUUGCGGUGAAGACGACACCUACAAAAGCCUGUCUGGAUACUUCCUAACGUGGCCGCUGGCCUGUAUUCAAGGACAAGACUACGUGACUGAGGACCAGCGGACAUGGGCCCGUGGACGGCUCACCUACAUCGGGAAGCAUCUUGGUGUCUCGUACGCUAUCAUGCUGACUCAACUCCAAUAUCGGACUCCUUCCAUGCUCAUCAGAAUGGAUGGCACAAUGUCCAACAGUCCGUCUGUCAACGUCGAGAAGCUUCUCUCCAUGAAAGUCGCAAAGCCGUCCGAAGGUCUAUCCACUAUGCCUAUGCCGUCGCAGUUGUUCCGGCAGCAGACGUUCCAGGGUCAGCCGACUGUACUGUUGACGCAGCACGCUAUUUCGACGUACGAUGAUACAAGUCCGGAAGGGGAUUGAGGUCCAGGACAACGCAGACCAGUCUCGUUUGGAAUUUCAGAAGGCGCAUGUAUCGGACAAUCAAUCAAGAAAGGGGUGAGGUUAGGCGCACAGGCUCGGAACAUGCCAUACUUGGACUUGGCAGUGUCAUCAUAUUGCUUUUAUUUGGGGGGAUUAUUGGUGUGGGUGCAUAUAACAUAGAGAGUGUUACAUUAUAGGAUACGUAUGACGGCCUCUUAGAUGUCUUGUUCAAUCC